UCUUACCUCACCCGGGCGGGAAGAAUGGUCGAGGUCUGAUGACGCGCGCUCCCUCCGUGGCGAACAGAGAUGACGUUGCCGCGGGCCACUCCACUUACCAUCCAUUUCCGAUCCGCACCGGAGCAUGAGUAUCUUAUGGAGGCCAUUUGGAUUCUCAAGACUUUUGAAAGUAGAAAGGUUUAACCCAACUGAAUCCGAAUUGUUGAUUCCGCUAGCAUGGACAGCGCUUCCACAGAAGCUUAGGAAAACACUUGGUAUUUUCUUGUUGGAUCAAAGAAAAAGAUUCUCAGCCAUGCCAGAAAUGGAAACAAAUAAAAGGGACUCUGAACUGUUUUCACCACCCUCUGAUGUUCGAGGAAUGACAAAACUUGAUAGGACAGCUUUUAAAAAGACAGUCACCAUUCCAGUGCUUAAAGUGAAGAAAGAAAUAGUCAGCAGGUUGAUGCGAUCCCUUAAAAGGGCAGCACUGCAGCGCCCGGGAAUAAAACGUGUGAUUGAAGAUCCAGAAGAUGAAGAAUAUAGAUUAAUUAUGUUGGAUCCCUAUAAAAUACUUACGCAUGAUUCCUUUGAAAAAGCAGAACUCAGUAUUUUAAAUCAGCUUAAUGUCAGUCCACAGAUAUCUAAAUAUAAUUUGGAACUAACUUAUGAAAACUUUAAGUCAGAAGAGAUCUUGAGAGCUGUGCUUCCUGAAGGUCAAGAUGUGGUUUCAGGGUUUAGCAGAGUGGGACAUAUUGCACACCUGAACCUUCGAGAUCAUCAGCUACCAUUCAAGCAUUUAAUUGGUCAAGUUAUGAUUGACAAAAAUCCAGGAAUCACCUCAGCAGUAAAUAAAAUCAAUAAUAUUGACAAUACAUACCGAAAUUUUGAAAUGGAAUUGCUAUCUGGAGAAGAGAAUAUGAUGACCAAGGUUCGAGAAAACAACUAUACUUAUGAAUUUGAUUUUUCAAAAGUGUAUUGGAAUCCUCGCCUCUCUACAGAACACAGCCGUAUCACAGACCUUCUCAAAUCUGGGGAUGUUUUAUUUGAUGUAUUUGCUGGGGUUGGGCCUUUUACCAUUCCAGCGGCAAGGAAAAACUGCACUGUGUUUGCCAAUGAUCUCAAUCCUGAAUCCCAUAAAUGGCUGUUGCACAAUUGUAAAUUAAAUAAAGUGGGCCAAAAGGUAAAGGUCUUCAACUUGGAUGGGAAAGACUUCCUCCAAGGACCAGUCAAAGAAGAGUUACUGCAGCAGCUGGAACUGUCAGAAGAAAGAAAAUCCUCCAUCCACAUUGUCAUGAACUUGCCAGCAAAGGCUAUAGAAUUUCUCAGUGCUUUCAGAUCGCUUUUAGAUGGGCAGCCAUGCAGCAGUGAACUCCUUCCCAGAGUGCACUGUUACAGUUUUUCCAAAGAUGUUAAUCCUGCUGAGGAUGUGCGGCAACGAGCUGGAACUGCAUUAGGUGUUUCCUUGGAGGCAUGCAGUUCAAUUCACCCAGUAAGAAAUGUGGCCCCUAACAAAGAAAUGCUGUGCAUCACCUUUCAGAUCCCGGCUACUGUACUCUACAAGAACCAGACCAUCAGACUAGAGGAUCAUGAAGAUCUACCUGUUAAACGGCAGAAGACAGAUGAUGCCUUUUCAGAAGAAAAAACAGAAACUGUUUCAAACACUUAAUUGGAAAUGUUUUCUCCAUUUUACCAGUAUGUAGUAAAAUAUAAUUUGUAUAGUUCCAUAAAAAUUUAAUAUUGAACUCUCAGGUAUUUUACUCUGUCUUGUUAUCAAAUUAAAAUUUGGAUGAAAACUAUUUUUUUUAUCUAAGUCAUACUAUAUAAUUGUAUUAGGUAGCUUUUCUUUUGCUGUGACACAAUACCCAGCUGAAUUUGGCUCAUGUUUUCAGGAGAUUCAGUACAUAGUCAGCAGGCUCCGAGGCAGAAACAUGAUGGUAGACAGGCAGGGCAGAACAAGCUGUUUAGUUCCUGGUGGCCAGGAGACAGAGCAGGGGAACAGUGCAUGAGAGACAUGGGCUAGGGACCAUAGGAAGUGGCCAAGGCCAUGCUCCCGUGACCCACCCAGACACCCUGGAGCAUGCUUUACUAAUCAGGCAUUUCCUAAUCCAAGGAAGCUGACAAAUCAGGACUUAUGGUCGCAAUAAUUAUUUUAUAAUCUAAACUAUAUCUAAUUUUUUAUUAGAUAAAUAUACUUAAUGGUGCAUGCACGUAAUCCCAGUGACUUGUGACGCUCAGACAGGAUUGUGAAUGUGAGGCCUGUCUAGACAAUAUGACAAGACCUUGCCUCAAAAAAACUAAAAAGGAUAAAUAUGCUUAAAUAUUGUCAGUCUCUUGGAAAGAUAGUUUUUAGGUACUUGUGUACUGUUACAAUAAAAAAGCACUGAUACCAUUUCAUAGUUAUCCUUUAUUGAACAGUAUAGUAAUUUUACAUAACUACACCAGUUAUUACAAUAAAGGUGAUAAAAACUGAGGUUAUUUUCAUCAUGGAUAGGCAGACUACAUCCUGCAGGCCAAGUCUGGCCCACCAUUUGUUUGUAUGGCUUGAGACCUGACAAUGUUCCUACAUUUUCAAAUGGUUUAAAAACAAAACAAUGAUAUUUUGAGACAUGUGAAAAGUCUGAAAUUUGAGAGAGCACUAAAAAUGAAGGAAAGAGGUAGGGAAGGAAGGAAAGAAGAAAGAAAAGAGAGGGAAGGCAAAAAGUAUCCAGGGAAAAUAAACAAGACUAUUGGACUUUCCAAAGAACAGUUAAGAGUUAAGGAUAAUGGAAACAAUAUCAAUAGUCAAUUAAAAGGGCAAAUAAUUCUGAAUAGCUUU